GAUUUCGCCGACUUCACCCCGAGCCGCUUGUUCAUCUACUACAACGAGCGCCUUGUUGAGGGCAGCGUGAACCAGGAUGCUGGGGCCAUGAUCCGCGACGGCAUCAAGACGAUGUCCAAGGUGGGCGUCUGCCCUGAGAGUGUCUGGAAGUACGACGACGGCCCUGACUUCUUCAAGCAGCAGCCGGAUUCCAAGUCCUACGAGAUCGCACAGAAGUGCAAGGUCAUCGGUUACGCCCGCGUUGCGCAGGACCUGAGCCAGAUGAAGAUGUGCAUCAAGAGCGGCUACCCCUUCGUCUUCGGCUUUGCUGUCCUGUCAAGCUUCCAGACAGCAGAGGUUGCCAGCACAGGCAGGAUGGUGAUGCCUCAGCCAACCGACCAGCAGCUUGGCGGCCACGCCGUGUGCGCCGUAGGCUACGAUGACUUCCAGCAGUGCUUCAUCGUCCGCAACUCCUGGGGAGAAGGGUGGGGUGACAAGGGAUACUUCUACAUGCCCUACGAGUACAUCUGCAACCCAGCUCUUGCCAUGGACCUCUGGGCCAUCAACUGGGUCGAGGGCUUCAAGAACGCGGAGGCGGCACAGUUCACGAUCUCGCAGAACCCAGCCAUGAAGAGCGUGGAGACCCGCGCCAUUCAGAAGUUCGGCUGGAAGCCGGACAUGCCGGACCACCGCGAUCUCCACGUCACCUUCCCAAAGGUGGAGGCACCCAGCAAGAUCAAGAAGAAGGCAGAGGGACAGAAGGAGAUCGUGGACCUGCGCCCGAUGAACGGUGGCUUCCCCAUCUUCGACCAGGGACAUCUUGGAAGCUGCACGGCGAAUGCGUUGGCCGCGGCCUUCCACUUCACCCUCCAUAAGAUGGAGGUAGAGAACAACAAG